UCGCUUUUGUUUUCCACCAUAUCCAGUUUCACUCCUGUCGUCGCUCGCGGUCAUUAUCUACAGCCUCUUAGCAUUUUAGCAAUGGUAAUCAGGUGAGGGCGCUUUGUUUGGUCCUCAAAAGCGUGCGCGCGGUGGGUCUUGUCUGAUCGCCAGGUUGUUGUUGACUCAAGCCAAGCUGGGGGUUGGUCGGCAGGCGAAGAGGCGGAGCUUCACGCUACACAACACGAAUUUUUAAACACGCCUCUCACUGAGUGAAGAGAGGAAAGUCCUCUGGCUUGUGUUGUGUUUCACAGUUGGGGACGGGUGUUCGUUCCCUGCUGUAAGCAAGCUCGGAAUUCUUGCGGUUGCACCAAAGUCUCAGAGGACUUGGGGAGACAACAGACCGGUUGAACAAGGCUCGAGUGUCGUGAAGUCUGCUUUGCUGAAUGACAAAUGAGAAAAGGUUCGCCGAGGUGACCCGUCGCAAAUUACGGGACGGUAUUGAAUGAAAGAGCUGGAAUUUUCUGUGCACUGCGAGCUGAUCUAAAGGAGAGAGAAGUGCGCACACGUGUAUUGUGGGACCAUGUGUAGGAAUGUGUGAGCUGGGGUAGGUACUACACGAUCGCUACCGCCUGGUUAGAUCAAUCCUGUGGAUUUGUUAGUGGAAGGAAGUACAACUGCCUUCUGUAAACACCGAUCGCUUCCGUGGAAGGGAGUGAGCAGCGGAUGUAUAUAUAGAUAGUGAGCGCGUGCUGACUCAUUUGCCAGUGGGAUUCGAACCCGUGCACGUAUAGGUAACGUGCGUUGUGUGCCGGGCUGUCAUUUUUCGAAGCGGAAGUUGGAUUUGUGCCCGUCUGUCCAUGCUGGAUUUGACCUUCUGAGCUUAGCGGGCCGGAUCGAGAGGAGUCCUGUACCGUCGGUGUUUGAAGUACGGCGCGGAAUUUAUCGACAAGACUAGAGAGCGGAGCGUCGGGUAUCUGGGGAAAUUUCCCGGAGUGGGUUUCGACGUUGUUUCUUUCUUACCGUCCUGAGAUAAAUAUAUAAAACUAUGGGCGCUGCCAGCCUGUCAAACUGUGGGAUUGUGUGGUCGCUACUGUCCCUGUGUUCCACGGGGUUGUGUUGUGCCGGCUUCUACCUCCCGUACUGGCUGGAGGGCAACACGCUGGGCAAGCCGGCGUACUUCGGGACCUUCCGGCGGUGCAACUACCCUGCCCCGGGGAAGGAGGGAGACCCGUACGUUGUGGAAGAGUGCGGGCGGUACGCCACUUUCUACGAUAUCCCCAGCAUGUCCUGGCAGAUCUGUACCGUCCUGGUGGGGAUCGGCUGCGGGUUCAUGAUCCUGAUCUCCUUCACGGCUCUCCUGGCGUGCUGUGUGGACGAACUCAUCACCAGCAGGAUCGCACGAGCCGCCGGCUGGCUGCAAGUCUUCGCCGCCAUCCUGGUAGCAGCCGGCGUUGUGUUGUACCCGAACGGCUGGAGCAGUGUGGAAGUCCAACAGGCUUGUGGCAAUCUCUCCAGAGCUUACGCUCUAGGCACGUGUAAAAUGUCGUGGUCAUACUACAUCACCAUCGGGGGGAGCCUCCUGACCUUCCUGUGCAGUGGGCUGUCGUACAACGCUGCCAGGACGAAAAACGUCCACUACGGAAUAUAGGAACACACCAACACGACCUCCACACACUGUGGCAUAGUAGAGACACAGACUGAACUGAAGGGACUGUCUGUAUGGAUUGCUUUUAACUAUAAGUAACGUCAUGAUGUCCACGACAAACUGAUCUAAUCAUACAAUUGAUGAAGCCAUUUUGGACACUCUCUCAUGGGUUUUGCAUGUAGUUUUGAUAAGUUUACAAAAUGUG